AUGGCUUCUAAUCGUUUCUAUAUUCCAAAUGCAAAUGAAUUUUUCGAAGGUUUGCUCUCCCUUUUGCAUCAGUGCGGGGACUGUUUGAACGAAAAUACCGAUGGGGGGCACGCAGAAUUUCUUGCAAGACGUCUAGAGGAAUAUCAACGCACUUUGCGGGUGAUGUAUGGUCGAGUUACGGAGUCGGUUCAGGGGAAUCAGCUUACCCAAGAUUUGGAACUUUUAAUGCAGGUAGUAGACUCCAGAUUACAAUCACUUGCAACACUAUACAGUGACUAUCAUUAUCAAGGCAGUACAGAAGAGUUAAGUACUACGCAGAAUUCACAGUUAUUUAUUCUCGAAAGGUCAGGUAAUCCUGGGAGGCCUAGAUUUGAAAUUAGGCAAGAGCAAAUUCAUGGACUAAGAGAGGCAUUGGGGUUUCGCUGGGUAGAUAUUGCAAGGAUGCUAGGGAUGUCUCCUAGGACACUUAAUCGGCGGAGGCAAGAAUUUGGUAUGCCACUCGGUCAACAGCAUAAUUUUUCCUCCUUGUCCGACGCAGACCUGGACAAUAUUGUAAGAGGCAUCCUUUCAGUUACCCCACAGUCAGGUGUCGGUUUGGUUCAGGGAGCGCUAAGAUCAAGAGGAUUGAGAAUACAAAGGCGUCGUGUCAUUGAAGCACUUCAGAGACUUGACCCAGUCAUGUCAGUGUUAAGACAAUCUAGAAGAAUCAUUCUUCGAACCUACCAAGUGCCGGGUCCAAAUUCCUUGUGGUAUGUUUAUAAUAUUCAUAUGGUACCUUACUGUCUGAUAUUUUAUUGAUUUAUUUUUGUGAUGUUGCUGAAGCCUUGUAGGCAGGAUACAGGCUUGAUAAAGGGGAAAUAAAGAGAUAGUGGGUGGUAGAAGUAUUUGAAGGGGGAAAGGAAUUUGAAGGAAACAUGCGGCUUAGAAAGUUAAUUCAUUUUUACACAGGUACUACAAUAACAUGUAACAUUUUCUUACAGCAAACCUUGUGGAUUAUUUUCAUAACAGAUUUGGAACAUUUGCCUCAAAUUGUUUGAAAUCCAAGAGAACAGGCAUAAUUUGUUACUAGGGAUUGACCUCCAUGCAUGUUUAUAUUGCUUGUAAAUUUGGCUCUUAUCCGGGCCAAAGUUCCUAGUAUAUUUAUAUAGAAGUACUUACACCUCUGCCUUCCUUUCACAGGCACAUCGAUGGUGACCAUAAGUUGAUUGAACCAUAUCGUAUUGUGAUACAUGGUGGAAUUGAUGGUUUUUCAAGAUUAGUUGUCUAUCUUCAUGCUUCCACAAAUAAUCGUGCAAGUACUGUACUGGCACUUUUUAGACAGGCUAUCAGCUAUUACAAUGUUCCAUCGAGAGUACGAAGUGACAGGGGUUUGGAAAAUGUAGAGGUUGGAAGGUUUAUGAUACAAACAAGAGGAAUGAACAGGGGCAGUAUCAUAACUGGAAAUUCAGUACACAAUCAACGGAUUGAACGCUUAUGGAGAGAAGUUAACAGAAUCGUAGUGUCCAGAUUCUUGAAUGUAUUUUUAUUCUUGGAAAGCAGGGGGGCUUUCGACCCUAACAAUGAGACUCAUAUUUAUGCACUACACUUCGUAUUUCUUCCACUGAUAAAUGUAGCACUUAGUGAACUAUCACGACAAUGGAAUGACCAUCCUGUCACAACAGAAUCAAACUACAGUCCCAGGCAGCUGUGGACACAAGGAAUGCUUCAGCUACGCAGCUCUCAGUUAUCUGCAGUCAGAGAUGUUAUUGAGGGUGAAAAUUUAAAUUUUGAGGAAUUUGGUAUUGAAGAGGAAGGUCCUGUACCCUCUAUAGAAGUAAGUGAGACAGUUUCUGUUCCUGAAUCACCCAUACAAUUGUCUAAUGCUGAAGUGCUAUUACUAAGACAAGAGGUUUCUGCAGUGCCUGUAGAUGAGCAUGGAAUAAUGUCUUACUUGACAGCUUUGGGAGUACUUGGAAGAAUUGAACAUUUAUAG